AUGGGUUGCAGAAGGGCCUCUUCAACUGUUCUCAUGGUCAUCGUGGCCAUCUUCUUGCUCGCACUUGACCAUUCCGUUGCUCAUGCUCGCCGGGUGAGGAGCCCGUCCAUGUCGACCGGCGAGCAUCCGUCGACAGAGGAAGUAUUACAAGCGACGAGGAAGCACGGCGUGGAGCACACCAAGGGCAGCACUGAAACCGUGCACAUGGAGCCGGGAUCAACGGGAGAAGCAGGCGUGGUUGGACGAAGGGCUAAACAACCAAGCUUCGGACGCGGAGGAAACAACAGUCCCGCCUCUGCCGAGAAGGUAGUGGUGGUCGCGAGAUACGGACCCAGGCCUCACCCUAAAAAACACAACUAA